AUGGGCCUUUCUCAGCUCCCGACUGAAAUCCUGUGGAUUAUUUCGUCCUACCUUUCGCACCAGAGCGAUAUCUAUGGCUUGCUUAGAACCAAUCGUCGUCUAUAUCAAGAGCUGGCAAAGUGUCUAUACUAUUGGAAUGCACAAUACUAUCGUGGAUCGGCGCUCCCUGUUGCUGCUGAGUUAAACCUCCUUCCACAGCUCAAAGAUAUCUUAGUCGGAUUGGAUCUAGCCCGAGCUAAAUCUCAGUCAUUUUCCCAGAGAGUGCUCCAGAUGUACUGGCCGACCCGACGUAAGAGACAUAUGGGCUUCGGAGAACAGGACCAGGUUCGCUGGCUGAUCCGACGCAAAGGAAUUAAGGGGUUUGAAAAAGAGGACCAGGACCAGGACCGGAACCAGAAUCAGGAUACAGAUAAGGAUGAGGAUGAGGACAAGGAAGAUCACGAGGAAAGAAGAUCGAAUGAAUACUGGGAAAGACAGUAUGAAAGAAGAUCAGAUCCCUACCGGGAAGAAGAUGAUGAAAGAAGAUCAGAUCCCUACUGGCAAGACAUCUUUAUACAUCCUCUUCUAUCACAAGGAUACUGCUUUCUGAAUAUUAUCAAUAUUCAACAUGCCCUGGCGAUAGGCAUUCAGGCCGGACAUACAGGGGUUGUUCAGGCCCUAUUAAAUUUUGGCGCAGAAGUCAACUUCUAUCGUGGAAGUCAUUCUACAAAAUCAAUUCUAUCACUGCACUAUACCGACAUACAAUGGCAUAGCAGGGAAAUUGAAAUCGACAACCCUCCAUUAUUUCUAGCUGUACAGUAUGGAAAUACUGAAAUGGUGAAGAAGUUACUUGAGUGUGGUGCUGAUCCACAACAGUAUAUGCCUUCACCCUUAUACCGCGCUGUUGAAGAUAAUAAUCUGGAUAUAGUUCGAAUUUUACUGAAAUUGGAGAUGCGAUCCCAUAAAUCAGUUUUGAAACUUGCUGUAUUACGAGGGGACUACUCUAUGGUUGAAUUUCUCCUGUGCAACGGCUUGAAUGCUUCAGAGCAUGGGAAUACUGGCCUGUAUGCUGCUGAAAUGAAAGGUUACAAGGACAUGGCUAGCUUGCUGAAGCUUCAUGGUGCGACGAUCGAUACGCUCUCCGAUAGGGACAGAGCGGAGUGGGAAUCAGAAGACAGAGAUGGUACCGAUCGCCCUAUUUUUUGGCGGUGGUCUGAUCCUUCUAUAGAGGACCCCAUUGAUGAACCUUCAAGUUCAGAGUCUGAGUCCGAAAAUGCCUCGGUAUAG